GAACGAACAGAUCUGAAGUUGAGUAGCUAGUCGAGUGACCGUUACAAGGGUUUUAGGGACGCUUCUUGAACAUAUCAUCUGUAACCGAGAGUGACGAGAUGGUGUUCAGGGGAAUUAAUUAGCCGUAGUUACACGAACGUGGAGACAAACUUCGCCCAGGCGGUCGGCGAUCGGCGAUGCCGGAAUACGGGAAAACGCUAUUCGUCUGCCUCUGACAUGCUUGUCACUAACCCAAGCGUGCAAGACACUUUGACUUGACGCGGCGUCAGGUUUCUGAAGCUGAAAAAGCUGCUUCCAACAAAGAAAGAGACAAACUGGAACGCGAACUGUCUAAAGCACGGUCAGAAAUGGCUGGAAUAAAGAGAACGUUGGAUUUAGAACGCCAAGAAAGGCGUGAUUUAGAGACAAGGGCACUGGAUUUAAUAAGAGGCGCAAAACGAAAGUGGGAAGCUGCCGAAAAAGAUAAAGUGGACCAACUGAAUAAACACAUAGAAACACAGACAUUGAGAAUCACUGAAUUGUGUAGAUGCAAUAAUGAGUUGACUUCGCGACUGCAAAGAGCAGAGUGCGAAUUGGACACUGCUAAUGCUGAGCUAGAAAAGUUGCGAGCCUUUCAGGUGCAGUACAAAGAAUCUUUGGCAAAAACGAGGGAGUUGAACCGUCAAAGCGUAGCAGGGGUUGAAACUAAACUAGAAGAAAUGGCGUCUCGUGCUCACAACCAAUUGGCUGACAUAAGAGCAAAGCUGGAACUAGAAACUGCUAAAAACGCAGAGUUAGAAAACCAGCUGAGACAUGAACAAGAUUCAAACCACUGUCGCCAGUCAAGGCUCAACGUUGCUUUGGAAUUAUGCCAGAGUGAGCUGAAAGAUUAUCAAGAACAACUCCGAAGUGUUCAAGCUAGUAUACCAGCAAGAGAUGCAGAAAUUGAAGCUCUGAGAAACCAGCUUAAUGAAAGAACCAAACAGUUGGACGGUGUCGCUGCCAAUGAUCAGAAAGCCGCAACUUUGCAAGCGCAGUUGGAUCGGUUGAAAUUGGAUAAUGAACAACUGAAGCAACAACUUGUGAUUGCAAAAUCAGAUUUAAGCGAUACUGUGGUGAAUUUGGAACAGAGCGAAUCACUGGCAAUGGAUUUGGAACGUGUUUCACAAGACAAGGCUGCCUUGCAGCGAAGACUUCAAGACACUCUCGAAAAAGAAGAGGAAUACCUACAGAAAGUAGGGAAUCUCGAAGAGAUUUUGCGUCGUUUUGAGCACAGUGUUACAAAGCUAGAAGCUGAGAAUGUCAGUCUCAAGCAAUCCGACUACCAGAAAUCGGGAAUGAGUGGAAUAUCCAUGAAGGAAGCGGUGCAAAAAAUUUCCUUUUUGGAACAACAGCUGCAACGGGUUGAACAGCAAUUACAAACGGCCAGAGAAAACACAGCUGCUGAACGUCAAGCAGCGAGACAAGCUCAAUCAAAUCUCUGGAAAAAGGAGAAAGAAUUAUCCGAUGCAAACUUGGACAAACGAAUCGCCUCUCGAGAAGCGAAAACGGCUGAAGAAAAAGUCAAAGUUUUGACUGAUGAGAAGCAAAAGAUUACUGACAAAUUGAAUUCGAGAAUCGCGGAUGAGGAAUCGAGAUGCAAAAAGAUUUUGAAAGAACUUGAAAGUGCCAAACAGUCACUCGAAGAAGCCACUAAAGAAUCUUCCAGAAAUAAACUACAAGCAGACUCAGCACAGCGGGCAUUGACGCAAGCUAAUAAGCAAAUAGAAGAGCUGCAAAAUUCGAGCUCAACGCUGCGCCGAGAGCUCGACGCGACGCGUAAGCAAAUGAGAGGGAAUCAAGAUCGUGUAGACAGUCUGAACAGCGAAAAUAAGCGGCUCAUACUUAGCUUGACAAAACUAAACGAAGAGAAAGCGCAGCUGGAGUCCGAAUUGGAAAAGCUGAAGCACGAGGCGAACAGCUAUCAAGUGAAUAUAGAUCUUCUGAAGGAAACAUGCACAGUGCUGGAGGAACAGUUGACAGAUUACGAAAGACUGACCAGCGACCACGAGACUCGUGAAAACAUGCUGAUACAGGAUAAAAUGAAGCUACAGAAGGAUCUGGAAAGCGCAGAGUUGAAGGUGCGUGAAGCCCACGCAGCGCAAGACAGGGAAAAGACGCUCAGAGUUGUCGCGGAGCGCGCGGUCGAGAGAUUGGAGUCUGAAACGAGCGACAUUGAGGAUAAGAGAAAUGGAUUGGCCGCGCAGCGAGAUCAGUACAAGAAGCUCGCGCAGGAUUUAAGCAAUCAGGUCGCGGAAUUGGUAAGCAAAUGCGGAGCGCUGGAAUGCGACCUGUCCAAGACAAAACGUGCAUUUGAACUGAGUAAGGGAGAGGCGAUGAAGGUCAAGGAAGAGAGCACGGAGCACUUGACCCGGCUGCAUCAACUGAAGGAGGCGAAUUUAGGGUUGAUGACCGAUCUUCAGGAGAGCAUCGACCAAGGCCAAGAAUUGAGGUCCAGAAUCACAGAGCUGGAAGGUGUGCUGGAAGAGAUGCGGCAAUUCUACCAGGAAAGAGAGGUCAAAGCGGAAGGAACCAGACAGCAGCAGACGAAGCUGAUCGACUACCUGCAGCUGAAGCUCGAGGAGUCCAACAAGAAGAAGAAGACCGUGUGCGACAAGAUUUUUGGUUCGCAACAGAAGGAAAAUAUGCCACCCAGUGGAACAGGAAUGCCCGUCGGCUAUCGUGAGCUGGAAAAUCAGCUCGCCAAAGAACGGGCUAAGGUCAAAACCUUAACUGAUCAGUUGCUGGCCCUGAGAGCUGCGCAAGCUACCGCUCCUUUACCGGCCAGUCCACCGUCUCCAGAGACUAAAAAGGUGCUUCAACAACUGGCUGAAUCGCCCGGUGACACGUUGGCCAGGAAGCCAUCCCUGCAAAGGAUGAGACACAAUAUUCCGCACAGAUUUGACGUGAAGUUAUCAAUGCGCACUGGAAAGUGCGGCGCGUGUUUCGACUCCAUUCAGUUUGGAAAGAACGCUGCUAUCUGCAACGAGUGCCAGAUUAUGGCCCACCCAAAAUGCUCCCUGCUGGUUCCUGCCACCUGCGGUCUUCCCGGUGGAUUUGCAAGGCACUUUAGCCAGACCUGGAAGGCCAGUGAAGAGAGCCUUUCUAGUAUUGGUGACAGUGUUCAAACUCUCGCGAUCGACCAGCCUGACAACACCGAAUUGGCAGCUGAAAACAACAGAAGCGUCUCAAUGGAGGGCUGGGUCAAAGUACCUGGCCGUGCCAAGGCUUCCUGGGAUAGGAAAUACCUCCGACUAGAAGGAACAAGCUUGUGCACUUACGAGCAUGAACCGAGUUCCGGAAUGGUGCCCAUAAAUCGGCUAGAGUUGAGCGAGAAAGAGGGUGUGGCAAUAUCAGAAUCAGUAAGCCAGGCGGAGGUUUCAGGCACUGCCAGGUCUGAUCUGCCGUUCAUACUCCGAGUAGAGGCUGGACCUUCGACGACUUGUUGGCCGUCCUCAGGGUUGGACAUCAUGGCUUUAAGUCAGGCCGAUAAAAAAGCCUGGCUCAAUGCACUGCGAACUGUAGCCAGUCAAAUUAAAGUCAACACAGUAUCACCCAAUCAUCGAUAUCAGACCGUUCUAAAACUAGACAAACAACAACUCGAUCUGAAUUGCAUUGUAGAGUUGGGCCAGGAGGGCGUACUCCUAUUGGGUGCUGAAGAAGGUCUUUUUUCAUACCGUACAUCGCAGUCAAAAUUAACAAGAAUUCAGGGCGUUGUGAGAGUACACCAAUUAUCUUUGCACCCUCAUCUGGGACUGGCGAUAAUGAUAGCUGGUGAAGACAGACAACUCGUUUUUUGCGAUCUCCGGCAAUUGAAGAGUAAUGCUCUGGCAGCAGAAUGCUCGAGACCAGCGAUUAGGAUUACACCAAUUCUUACCACCUGCGAAAGUUGCCAUUUGUAUCAGUUACAGGGGAACUUACUUUGCGCCGCAACCGCCUCGAAUGUUAUAUUACUCAAAUGGACUACCCAAGAAGAUGGAGGGGAGUUUAUUACUGUUCGAGAAUUGGCGACGACAGAGCCGUGUAGCUGUGCUCUCUUCACGCGAAACCUUUUGAUUGUUGGGUGUAACAAAUUCUUCCAAAUUGAUCUUGACGAUUACAAUAUCGAAGAAUUCCCCGAUCAAGACGACAGCUCUGUACGGGCCGCCCUACAAGGAGCAGCGAGACUCGGUAGUUUUCCGGUUGCCGUUCUGAACGUCUCGUGCAGCUCGCAGUCCGUUGAACUUCUUUUGUGUUACAAUGAGUUCGGUGUUUUCGUAGAUGAAGUUGGACGAAAAACCCGUACUUAUGACCCGACGUGGAGCCACUUGCCGUUUGGCUUUGCAUACAGAAAACCUUACUUAUUCAUUGUGCACUUCUCCUCUGUGGAGGUAAUCAAGCUCACAGCAGAGUCGUAUAGGUCGGUUACCAAACCGUCUGAUCGAACCUUGCUAGAGUUCAAUAAUCCGCGAUAUCUCGGCCCGGCGGGAGGCCGAGGCAUUUACGUCGCCUCGAUGAAUUCUGCGUUGGAUAUUUUGAAAAUAGAGGGAGCUACGGCUUUACCAAAACGGAAUGAUAGCCUCACCAGCAUGGACACGCUCCAACAAGACGAAGAGAGCAGUUCGGACUUCAGUUUCACUUCUAGUCUAAUGGAAACGCUCGACUGUCAGGGUAAAAGAGUGCAUUUCACCCACCAAUCGAACCACCAGUUUUGAUUAGCAGCCUCAAAGUCCGAGCGUUAACUUGAUCGUUCUAAAUUUUAAUUAUGCAUCAUAGUUUUAGUUGCUUCGAAUUGCCGAUGUUUUAGCGUCAGAUGAAACGGUAAUUGAAAAUAGCGACGAAACGUUCUGUGCGCCGUUAAUUGUAGGAAUCCUAGGCCCAAAACUGCGUUCAUAGUAAAAACCCACCCACAGUUAUCCACCAUUUUUAAUGAUUGUUUAAUAAGUUGGAUUUGAUAUUUAAUUUAUAUAAUUUGUUUUUCAUUUCUCCUAUAAGUAACAACUAUUUAGUACAAAAUAUGUCAGUCUACACGGUUUGCAGACUUGUAAUAAAUACCUAACUCGGAAGCUAGUAAUUCUAUAAUUUAAGGUAAUGAAUAUAAUAAAUAAGUAAUGUCUUUACUAAGAUUACAAUAUAAUACCAAUAAUAUAUUUUUUACUUCUGUAUUAGUACUGAAAAAACUUGUAAUUUUUCUAAAUCAUCCAACGAGGACGUGUUCAGUUGAAUAAAUAAAGAUUUGUAUUAUCCAAGCA